UUAUAUUCUAGUGUGUGGUCAGAGUUUGCACAUUCGCUUCACAAGUAACAUAACCAGUGUUGAAGUGAGCUUACUGAGGCAGAUAUCAUGGACAUCUGAGCAAGAUGAUUCCUUUGCAUCCUGGUUUCCAGAUGCAGGGUUAUUGAAGAGCGAAAACUCAGGCAGAAAACGUCUGGACAAAAAAGAAGAAGAAGUCAUGUCUUCGGAUGAUCUCCUACCAAAGUUCAAGAAGUUUGCCUGGGAGUAUUGCUUCUCGGUGGAUGUAUGGAAGGAUCGCUUGCCUUUUACUAGGUGGCUGCCUAAGUAUCGCCCACAAAAAAUCAUAAACGAUGUCAUCGCUGGCUUAACUGUUGGAUUGACUGUGCUCCCUCAGGCCUUGGCUUAUGCAAACAUCGCAAGACUUCCUCUUGUGUAUGGUUUAUAUUCUGCCUUCAUGGGGUCCUUCAUGUACUGCAUCUUUGGCAUGUCCAAGGACAUCACUGUUGGUCCUACUGCCAUCAUGUCGCUCCUGGUUGCAGACUAUGGCAAACCCUUGACUGACAAUGCAGGGGAAGAUGUCCUGAAUGACCCAAGAUAUGCCGUGUUGCUGGCAUUUUUCUGUGGCCUCAUACAGAUUGGUUUGGGAAUUCUACAUCUUGGCUUUGUCACCAAUUACAUUUCCCCAGUGGUGAUUUCUGGCUUCACCUCAGCCUCAGCCCUCACAAUUGGUUUUGGUCAGGUGAAAAACAUCCUUGGCAUCAAGUUCCACAAUGAGGUCUUCACAUUGGAUCUCAUUAACAUAUUCAGACACAUUGGUGAAACAAAAUGGGCAGACUGUACUCUAGGUAUCUGUUGUUUGUUGGUCCUUGUUGUAUUGCGGAUGUUGAAAAACAAAAGUCAAAAAACCCUGGACCAGUUCAACAGCUCAUCACCAUUGAAAAAGAGGGCAGUGUGGAAAACAUUCUGGAUCUUAGGCACAGCUAGGAAUGCAUUGGUAGUGAUAGCAGCAUCAGGUGUGACAUAUGCCCUUAUCCAGUAUGAUUAUGAUGACUAUAUAACAAUAACGGGCAAUGUGACCUCUGGCCUUCCACCUUUGAAAGUUCCAGACUUCCAGGCACCAGACAUUUCAAAGUACAUCAUUGGUGGCCUGGUCAGCAUUCCUCUGAUUGGUUUCUUGGAGAACAUUGCUAUAGCCAAAGGAUUCGCUCGACAGAAUGGCUACAGAGUGGAAUCUAAUCAGGAAUUAAUUGCCUUGGGUUUCUGCAAUCUGGCAGGGUCUUUUGUUUCUUCUUUUCCAACAACCGGUAGCUUUUCACGGUCAGCUAUCAACAGCCAGUCUAGUGUAGCCAGUCCCCUUGGUGGUAUCAUCACCGGUAGUCUGGUGCUCCUAGCUUUGGCUUUCUUGACCCCAGCCUUUUACUACAUCCCUAAGGCUGCACUGGCUGCUGUCAUUCUGUUCUCCGUUUUCUUCAUGUUGGAUUAUGAGAUAAUCCCUCAUCUUUGGAGAAUCAGAAAAUGGGAGCUGCUUACACUGGUGGCAACAUUUUUCCCAUCCCUUCACCUUGGAGUUGAGUAUGGUACCCUUAUUGGUAUCGGAGUGGACCUUCUCAUGCUUCUGUUUCCAGAAGCCAAACCGAGCUAUAAGGUUGAAAGGAGCGAGUUGCUAGUGAUUUGCUUCAAGCAAGGAUUGCACUAUCCAGCAAUAGACCGAUUACAGACCAUACUGGAUGAGGAGGCUUUGCUAGUUGAGGAACCCAAAUCUGUCAUCCUGGAUAUGAGAAAUAUCAACGGAAUUGACUUCAGCAUUGCUGAGGGAUUGAGAGAAAGUGCCAAAGCUUUCAUGAAGGCAGGGCAGAAAGUAGCUGUUGUCAACGUGAGAAAAUCAGUGAAGACAAUCCUAGACAGAGCAGGUGUCAAGAAUAUGCCCAUCUAUGAAACUGUGGAGAUUGCACGGGAUAGGAUGGCAGCCACAAAUCCAGAAACUGAUCCAGCCGAGCUGGAAGCGUUUGAUACACCCUUGUAAAGGAUCUCAGAAAUUGGCAUGAUGCGGUGUCAUGAAACUCCUGAGAAUUUUUUGGACAAGUGUGUGGAGCACUUGGGACAUGGGCUUGCUAAAACGCCCCCUGCACUGUUCAGAAUUCAUCAAGAAGCUACAAAGAUACAAGUUGUCGUUAGUUGUUUGCAAGGUUUCAUUUAGUGUCAAGAAAUUUUGUGACAAGUUCAAAGGGUUUCUCUUAUAGAAAAAGUACGAGCAUUGGUGAUACAAGCAUUUUACAUUACACAUUCAGUUGUUCAAAUGUAUUGUUACAGUGGUGGUUCUCCCUCUAAAGACUGCCUUUUGGUUUUCUUAUUACUUGAUACAGAGGAAACUAAAAGGACAUCAAUUUGUUGUUAUUCAGUCACUGUUGUUUUUUUUUAUAAGUUAAAAUUUAGAACUUUUUUUUUAGGGAGAUGGAAUGUUUUAUCACAGAACUGAAGAUCAUAGUUUUGCUUUGCAUUCCAUUUGUUACUUUUAGGUUGUCCAGUGAUUUCAUCAGCUGCUCUUCACUAUUUAAUUUGCUUGUCAUACAGUCGAAACUAUCAAUACUUUUGAUUUACAUGUACAUGAUGUACCAGUACAUACUUUUUUGUAUUAAAAAAUGGACAUACCAGUAGUUUUAUUUCUCAGAGAAACUAUUGCAUUCUUGUGUAUGUAGCUAUGCUAUGGUCACUUACAGUUUGAGCUGGUUUUACUGUGUCAAAACCAAACAAUUAUUUUCACUAGUAGGUUUAGAUCUCUACAGUACUUGUCAUGUACAUGUAGAUAUAGUGAAAUACUAUACCAGAGAAUACUUGCUUUUUUUUUAUACAGACAGCUUCAGGGGGACUGCGCUCAAAAGGAAUAUCUUAGAAUUUUUCAAUAUAUUUAUUCAGAUAGUUCGGUUAACUCUGAAAUCAUAAUCAAUAUUGAGAUCCUGAAAUGUCGUACAUUUUCCUUGUAACUCAGUGCUUCAAAACUGAAAUAGAAAUUUUAAAGAUCUGCAUUGGUCUGAAAAUAGAUUCUUAUGCUACAACAAGUUAAUCAUGCAAACUUGGUGAGAUUUGAAAGAUAUACAGAUACAGAGAGUGGUAUACAUGUAUAUAUACAUGUACCACAAGUUCCACUUGAAUGAUGAAGUACCAUACACGUACAUACCUCAACAAGGAAUGAUCAAGUGAAAUUUUAAUCAAAAAAUUGCCAAAUUGAUAAAAACAAAGGAAAUGCAAUUGUUGAUAAAAUGUACAAUAUGCAGUUGCAGUCUUUCUCUGUAUCUUACUUUGUGAACUAAAUGAUGACUUUAUCAACCAAGGUUAUUCUUGUUGCAAAGACAUAUAUUGACUCUACAGAGUUGCCUCUUGAUUGAUGGCAAAGAACAACGCCCUUUAUUGUUUUACAAAGGGUGAAUUCUGAAGGUUUCCGUUGUAUUUCUAGUCUGGUAAUAACAAGAUCAUUAUUGUAGCUUGACCCAGUAACUUUAUGAUGACUAGACAUCAGAAUAAAUCCCUUUCAUCUGAUUGGUGGGACAUUGAACACAUGUCAUGAAUUAUUUGGUAUGAUAAAUGCUUGACUGUUGAUCAUACACGUAACUCAUCACAUAUUGUACUGUGCACUCAUGGCUGGUCCUGUUGUAGCUCUUCACACAAACACAAUUUUCAGCAAUACUGAUAAACCUGAAACGUUAGUCUUAAGUUAGAUGAACACAUAUUUGAAUGAAGUGAUCCUAAUACUUUUAACAGUGUUACUAUAAUACUGAUGUGAAAGUUUUUCUAAAAGUCAAGUUGUGGCAGUUUUAUAUCCAGACCUUGUUCAGAAUUUUUUGCUUUACAUGUACACGUACACGUAUGGACAUAUGUGUAGUUUACUAAUGUCUCUUUGGAAUUUAUAUCGUUUGGAAAAUAGAAAAUUUGCACAUUCAC